AUGAGCUAUAAUUCUGGUAGUAAUCACGAUAACAAUCGUAAUAAAAAUACUAAUAUGAAUAAUAAUAAUAGUAAUAAUAAUAAUAAUAAUAAUAAUAAUAAUAAUAAUAAUACCAACGGCCAUAUGAGACAUAAACCCCAUUAUUAUAGCAGCUACAAUAAUUCAUCUGGUAAUGGUGGAAACAACAACAAUAACUAUCAUUAUCAUUAUUCAAAUACUAAUAAUACUACUGUAGGUAGUAACAAUAGCAACAAUGCUUCACCUGGUAGCACUGUCGCUAAUGUAGGUAUAAAUAAUGUGCGUGGCGGGGGCAGUUAUUACACUAACCUUAAUAGCAAUAACAUGGGAGGCGGCAGGUAUAAGUAUUAUAACAAAAGUUAUGGGAGUAGAUAUAAUAAGGGAGGAUUUGGAGGAAAUAGUUCUGGCAGCACUUAUAACAGUAGAUAUGACAGAUAUGUAGUUCAUGAUGCGAUAAGUAAUAAUUAUGGUGUUAAUCGUACUAAUUCCAGCAAUCCUAACAAGAACAAUAACACUAAUAGUAGCAAUAUCAUUAAUGUCAGCAAAAGUAAAAGCAAUAGUCCUGCUAGUAACUCUUUAUCUCCAAUGUCAAAUAUUAUUAGUACUAGUGGUCAUAGCCAUAAUAGUAUAAAUUCUAAUAUUAAAAGAGUACCGCCCACAAAUGUUGUCUCGUCAUCAGUUGUGACAAGUGCUAAAAAAACUGUGGAUAACACCAGUAAGGUUUAUUCAAAUAGUGACGACAAAAUAAUGAGGAUAAACAAGACUGAAGUUAUACACUCUCCUAUUACACCUGUCAGUAAUAACAAUAACAAUAACAAUAACAAUAAUAAUAACAAUAACAAUAAUAAUAACAAUAACAAUAACAAUAAUAGUAGUAAUAAUAAUAAUAAUAAUAAUAAUGCUAAUAAUGAUGGCAAUAACAGCAACAAUGACACUGAAAAGACUAUUAAAAUUUCCAAACAAGUUAACAAUACGUUACAAAGACAGGAAAGCUUAAUUAUUGCCAAUAAUAUUACUAAAAGUAAUAAUAUUAACCCGAAUAAUUUUAAAGAUAAAGCUUUCAGUACAAACAAUUUAAAUAAAAUAAUGCAAUCAACAACUGAAUCUUCCAAUUUCAUAUCAAAAUCAACAAAUUCUAGCAGCAACAAUAACAUUUCGAUGAAAAAUAGUACUAAUCCUGCAAAUAUUGGUGAUAUUAAAGAUAACAAUACGAACGAUAUUAUAGCUAAAAGUGGCAAAAAAGAGUCACCUAACAUCUCUAGCAGUAGAAAUAAUGGAAAUUUAAAGAAAAGAUCAUUAUUUAGCUAUUUGACCGCCAUCAAAACCAAGAAAUCGGAUUCUCCAACAAGAGAAGUUGCUGACAAAAGCCUAAAAAUCGGACCUAACAUAAGGGGGGACGAUAAUUUAUUAGGAACAUUUAGUAAAGAGCAUUUGAAUGACAUAAUUUUUGCAGGGUUGAUUGAUUUAAGACCAGGUUAUAAAAAAAUUGAGGUUGAAUUGGUUAAUCAAUAUAUUGAGGCAGAUAAUGAGUUGAAUGAUAAGAAUAUACAAAAAUAUAAUAAUAGAUUACAUCUUCACAUUCCACAACACGCAAAUGUGGCCGGAAAAAUUGUACAUGAUAAUAUUGUUACUGAUAAUAAAACUGGAAAUAUGAACGAAUCGUUGUCAAAUGUUAAUUCUGAUGAUGAAUUAUCUGAAGUUGAAAGUGAUACAGUUACUCAACCCUCUACACCGAUUAAGCCAAGAAAGGCAAGAUUAAUUAGGGCUGAUCAGUUGAUGAAUAAGAGUGCGAUUGGUGAUAAAGAUCAUAAUAUUGAUAACAAAGAUUAUAGUAAAAAUUACAUCGAAAAAAAAAAGUUAUCAGCAUCCUUUUUUUAUGACGACGAUGGAUCUGAAUCCGAAUUGUCUGAAUUGGAUGAUAGUAUGCCCGAUAUUCCUAGUAGUAUACUAAGUAAAUCUUCACCAAUAAGAAAAAUGUCGCAACAUUCUAGAAUAUUAUCUAAAGUUGAAGAGGGGAACGAACAGGAGAUUAAAGAUGAAAAAUCUAAUCAUAAUACUAAUAUUACAAUGAGGACUUCAGUGGAUAAAGGUGUUCGUGACAAUAUAAAACAUAAUACUACCACUCAUAAUAAAAUUUCUCACAUUGCCAUACCUAAAUUGAAGAACAAGAAGAGUAAGCAUAAGGAUUCCAGUGGUAGAACUAAAUUACAAGUUGCUUGUGAUAAAGGCAAACAUGAUUUAGUUAAGAAAUUAUUGUCAGAGGGUGAAUAUGAUGUAAACGAUCAAGACUAUGCAGGUGUGUCCGCUUUGCAUGAAGCCGCAUUGAACGGACAUUUAGAUAUUGUUAAAUUACUAAUUGCUCAUGGUGCAGAUGUAAAUUUACAAACCGGUCCUCACGAUAGAGACACACCAUUAUUAGAUGCGUGUGCUAAUGGCCAUGUUGAGGUGGUUAAAUAUUUAUUAAAUCAUGGUGCCAACCCAUUGAUUAAGAAUUCAAAUGGCAAAGAUUCUUUAAUUACAUUGGAAGAACAAGAUUUGAGUGACGAGGAGGAGAUUGAAAUUGCUAAUGAAUUAAAAGUUUUAGUUAAAGAAGCAAUGGAUAAGUAUAAGCAUGGUCAUCAUGGAAAUGAUGUGAAAAAUGGUGAAAUUGUAUUCCAUGGGAAAUCUCUAAAUAAAAAUAUUAAAAAGAGGGACACUAUUAUUAAGAGCAAAAAUAAUAAACAACAAAAUGGCAAGGGUGGUAAUGUAUUUCGAACAACUGCUCUUAAUAGUGAGGAUUUAGGGAUGGGAACACAGGAACAUUCCGUCGUAAAAACAAAAACUGAAAAUAAUUUUGUUGUUGAUAAUGAGUAUCAUGAAAAAGAAAUGAUCUACAAUCCUGUUAAACAACGAAGAGAAGGAAGUAAAUUAGAUUGUAGUCGUAAUAAUACUACAUCUAAUGGAAAUGAUAAAAUUAAAGAAGAAGAAGAAGAAGAAGAAGAAGAAGAUGAUGAAGAUGAAGAUGAAGAUGAUAAUGAUAAUGAUAAUGAUGAUGAUGAUGAUGAUAAAAGUGAAUGGGAACAGUUGAAUAAUAAAUAUAAAACAUAUAGUUAUAAAAAACAAGAAUUCUUCAUAACUGAUUUAAAUAGUAAAAAGGGCAAAGAAAAAAUAUACAGAGCAUCCAAAGAAGGAGAUUUGCAAUAUAUUGGGAAAUAUUUACAAAAUGGUGGUAGAAUUGACAUGAGAUCAUUUAUAGAAUGCAUUAAAAAUGGACAUACAGAAUUGGCUAGUAUAUAUAUUGCCUUUGGCGCCAAUGCUAAAGCAAAAGUUCCCAAUGAAAUGGGAAAAAGUAUAUUGAUGUUGGCUGUAGGUCGGGGCCAUUUGGAUACAGUCAAGUUAUUGAUCGACGCUGGUGGUGCCGAUGUAAAUGCCAAAGAUGCCAGUGAUGAAGGACAUGAUGCAUUAUACUAUGCUAAGCAUGGUAUUACAGUGGAUGAAAAAGAGAUUGAAUAUUUGAAAGAGAAGAUGGAAAAAAGUGUUAGAAUUAAUAGCCUUAACAGAAAAAAGAAAGUUACGACUGAAGACAAAGAAACAAAUGUUGAUGGUCAUUAUAGAAAAACAGAGAAGUUGAAAGUUAAUGGUGAUAAAGGCGACGAUAUUGAUAAUACAGACUUGUUACCAUCAAAUAAUGAACUAAAGAGUUCUAAUAUUGGCACCAACGGCUCUAGCACCAUUGUUACUAAGAAAAACCUUAAAACGCCGAAUGAUGAACAGCAAAUCAAACGCAAACGUGAAGAAAACACUACUAAACAUGUUGUGAUUAAAAAAGUUAAGCUAACCACCAAUUCAAACAACAACGGGAUCGUGGAUGAUCCUAGUAAUUAUCAGGAAUCGAAUAGCAACAACAACAAAGCCAGUGAAUAUCAAUUGAAAAGAUUGGAGGAAAGACGUAAAAGAGAGCAAGAAUUUUUGAUACAAUUAGAAAAGAAGGAAAAAUUAAGACUACAGGAGGAGGAAAGAUUACGCGAGUUGGAAGCAACAAAAUUGGCUAAAAGCAAAGAAGAAGCAUUACAGAAACAGAAAGCACUGGAAGUUCAAAAGGAAAUCAUUAAAAGGAAAUAUAUUAGAAAUUGUUAUCCAAUUGGUUUAAAAAUGGUACAAUUUAAUAAUGAUGUAAAUAUUGAAGAUUUUUUACCUUUGUAUUAUAUUAAAACCAAGGAAAACGACAAGCUAGUGUUAGAUGUUCAAAUAUAUUGUAUGUUUCCCAACAAAGCACAGGAAAUCGUCGAUGCGGUCAAGGAUCAAAGAAUCGAAGUAACUGCCAUAGAUGGUGACGGAGAAGAUAUUUUGAGGAAAGUUUGGAAUCUCUAUAAAUUUAUUUUUUUGACAGGCGGAAACAACAAUAUUAAUCAAGAUUUGGUUUCGAAUCUAUCUUUUACUGAAAGAGUUAAAUUUGAAACCCAAGAAUAUAAGAAAAUGAAAAACAACUUACAGAUGUAUUGGAUUAAUUUAGAAGAUGUUCUAAGAGUUGUUACCGAUUUUAAAUACAUCUUUGACAGUUGCAAGAACAUGACUGAAAUCAGUCUUGAUUCUACUAAAUUAAACGAUUCUGCUAAUGCUAUCUCAAAAGUUCGACUAAACCACAACGACAAUAGUAACGAUAUAGAAAGCGGGUUGCCACCUAAAUUGCGUCGUAGACAGUAUAUAAUUGAUAAUCUGCAAACACAAAAGAAAUACUGGUGA